UCUUCUCUCCGAUCUGUAUUUUUGGAUUCAAUUUCAGAUCUUUUCUCCUGCUGUUUUUAAGUUCGAUCAGGUUUCUUCCUUAGCUUAUUUAUUACUUGGUGAUGAGGCUGUCCGCGCUUAGGAGUCCAUGUCGUGUACAUCAAGAAGCCUUAUUACCUCCUUAUAUCAGACACGAUCGAUCGUGUUAUAUAUACUCUCGUUCUCGUUCUGUACCCCGGGAAGAUUCUAGUUCACCACAACGCAUCGAAUCUUCAGAUAGGGUUACGCGGCUAAUACUAUGUCGGCUCCUGUCUUCGAGAGAGAUCUCUUCGAGAGAGAACCGUGCCCAGGCCGCAUCAUUGAUGAUGCAGGCAGUGCUUUCGCCAUGGGUGCUGUCGGUGGUUCUGUCUAUCACUUUUUCAAGGGCCUUCAUAACUCGCCCAAUGGUGCUCGAAUUACUGGCGGCAUGCAGGCCGCUCGCAUGAACGCCCCUCGACUCGCCGGGAGCUUUGCUGUGUGGGGCACCCUCUUUUCCACCUUCCACUGCACCUCAGCCUACGUUCGCCGGAAGGAGGACCCCUGGAACUCCAUCAUAGGUGGCGCCGCCACUGGAGGGUUUCUCUCCAUGCGGCAGGGCGUCAAAGCUUCUGGCCGCUCGGCACUUGUGGGUGGCUUUUUCCUCGCCCUCAUAGAGGGCGCUGGCCUCAUGGCCAACCGCUUUGCACCGCAGAUGCUCCCGCCGCUCCCUGCCGAUGAUCCCAACAUGGCCGCCGCCAUCUCGAUGGGAGGAGGUGGCUUCCCAGGCCUGCCUCAGCCUGUCGUGUCCCCUGCAGAGGUCGUGAGCUCAAGCAGUGGGGGUAGCUGGUUUGGCGGCCUCUUCGGCAAGAAGGAGGAGAAGAAGCCCAGCGGCAGUGCUGGCAUGUCGGAGAUAUUAGAGAGCUUCGAGGCGCCCAGCCCUCCGAUACCAUCGUUUGAUUUCAAGUGAAAGGAAGGUGCGGUGUUUGUUUGACUGCUCUGAUCUGUAUUUUGGAUUUAAUUCAGAAAGGGUGUUGUUUUUAAGUUUGAUCCACUCCUUGUUUCUGAUACUUUACCUGACGAGGUGGCAAUGAUUUAUUGA